UGAUUUAUUAAGCUCAACUUAACAAGUGGAGAGUCAGAGUCAUGGCUAGCAUUACAUUCAAGGAUCUUCCAACUGUUGUACUGCGAACCUAUCAGGUUCUACGCAUUGGCAAUAAUAUCCACGACAAGGAGCUGGACUUUUGUCUCGACGACAAGUCUGUGGCCAAGUUGCAUGCAACGUUGACACGCAGCGAGAAGGGAAUAUUUCUGGUCAACGAGAGCCGCAACGGAUGUGUCAGUUUAAAUGGUCAGUGCUUUAGUGGACCUGUCUUAAUCACCUAUCGGGAUGCGAUCAAUGGCCUUGUCAAGCUACGUUUUGGCCGUGUUGAGGCCACGCUACGUGUCUCGGGCAGUUUGGGAGGUUAACACCAAUAAAUGGGGUCACUGGAUCGUUCCAAAGGGGACAUCAGCUGCA